AUGACACUCCACGCACGAUCUUAUACCCCAAGUGGUGGUGUUGCUACUUCCUCUUUUGUGAUUGCCAUUAUUAUUAUUGCCACCAUGUUCUUAUUAAUUCACUCUUCCAAUGCCUUGAAGUGUUAUAGUGGCAGUUUCACUGGUAGUAUCACUCCGAUUACUUUGCAGAAUAAUCUGACUCAGGUUUCAAUUAGUGCCUCUGGUAAUGUGUGUUAUAGUUAUAAGGUGGCCAUGAAUGGAGUCUUGAAUGUGUUCGGAGAGAUGAGCAGCAGUGAAUGCUCUGCUACCAAGAGUAAAGGUUCUCCCUAUUUUGAUGUUGCAUGUUGUGCUGUGAGUGAUUUGUGUAAUACUGGAGCUACUAGUGGUGUUGUUGCUGUUCCGACAAUGUCUUCUUCAUUGAUGAUGUUUGUUGGUUUGAUUGUUUGGUGUUGUUGCUUAACGUUUUAA